ACUCUGACAGGGAAGGACAUGCCCUGGGCCACCUCACUUGCAAGGGGCGUCUCAGGAGGCUCCGAGUCUAUUUUCUGCUUCACCAUGGAAAUGAGAGCCAGGCUGAUAGAGAGGCUGUGCCCUCGCCUGUGGGCUGCUGUUGUGACAACCCUGUGACAAGAAGGAGUGGCCUCCAAGUGACCACGACCUGUGCGGCUCUCUGUCCAUCCUGCUGGCGCCAGAGCCUCCUCCAUCUGCUCAGCUGAGGCCACAGGGAGAAGAGGCCAUGACCCCCACCCUCAGGGCCCUGCUCUGUCUCGGGCUGAGUGUGGGCCUCAGGACCCCAGUGCAGGCAGGGCCCCUCCCCAAGCCCACCCUCUGGGCUGAGCCAGGCCCUGUGAUCCCCUGGGGGAACCCCAUGACCAUCUGGUGUGAGGGAACCCCAGAGGCUGAGGAGUACCGUCUACAGAAAGAGGGAAUCACACAGCAGUGGGACACACAGGAGCCACUGGAGCCUGGGGACAAGGCCAAGUUCUCCAUCACACACAUGACAGAGCAUGAUGCAGGGAGAUAUCGCUGUUACUAUCACAGCUCUGCUGGCUGGUCAGAGCUCAGUGACCCGCUGGAGCUGGUGGUGACAAGAUCCUACAGCAAACCCAGCCUCUCAGCCCUGCCCAGCCCUGUCGUGACCUCAGGAGGGAACGUGACCCUCCAGUGUGGCUCAGGGCAGGGAUUUGACAGGUUCAUUCUGACUGAGGAAGGAGAUCACAGGCUCUCCUGGACCCUGGACUCACAGCCACAGCCCAGUGGGCAGGUCCAGGCCCUGUUCCCUGUGGGCCCCGUGACCCCCAUUCACAGGGGGACGUUCAGAUGCUAUGGCUGCUACAGGAACAGCCCCCAAGUGUGCUCACCACUUAGUGACCCCCUGGAGCUCAUGGUCUCAGGUGCCUCUGGGAAGCCCUCCCUCCUGAGCCAGCAGGGCCCCAUCGUGGCCUCUGGACAGAGCCUGACCCUCCAGUGUCGCUCUGAUGGCGGCUAUGACAGAUUCGCUCUGCACAAGGAGGGGGGACGGGGCCUCCCCCAGAGCCUUGUCCUGCAGCCCCAGGCUGGGCUCUCUCAGGCCCACUUCCCCCUGGACACUGUGAGCAGCUCCCACGGGGGCCGGUACAGAUGCUACGGUGGAUACAACCUCUCCUCUGAGUGGUCGGCCCCCAGUGACCCCCUGGACAUCCUGGUGGCAGGAUGGCUGCAAGACAGACCCUCCCUCUCAGUGAAGCCAGGCUCCAGGGUGGCCUCAGGAGAGAAUGUGACCCUGCUGUGUCAGUCACAGAUGUGGAGGGACACGUUUCUUCUGUCCAAGGAGGGGGCAGCCGAUCCCCCUCUGCGUCUGAGAUCAGAGCACCGAGCUGGGCAGUACCAGGCGGAGUUCUCCAUGAGUCCUGUGACCUCAGCCCACAGAGGCACCUACAGGUGCUACAGCUCACACAGCUCCUCCCCCUUCCUGCUGUCACUCCCCAGUGAGCCCCUGGAGCUCCUGGUCUCAGGAGACGUCCCCAAACCCUCCAUCUGGGCUGACCCAGGCCCCAUUGUCAGGAAGGGGAGCCCCGUGACCAUCUGGUGUCAGGGGUCUCUGCAGGCUAGUGCCUACGUUCUGUAUAAAGACAGAGGCUCUGAGCGUUGGGAAACCAGGAUCCCACAGGACUCCAGAAACAAGGCCAGUUUACGCAUUGGAGCCACAACUUCACUGCACGCUGGGCUGUACCAGUGUGCAUAUUACACCACUGAGAACAUAUUGUCACAGUGGAGUGACCCACUGCUCCUGGUGGUGAUAGGAGUGGGCAGUGCACCCUCCCUCUCAGCCCAGCCAAGCCCUGUGGUGGCCUCAGGAGGGAACGUGUCCCUCUCCUGUAGCUCAUGGUUCACAUGGGGCCCUUUCCACCUGCUGAAGGAGGGAGGGGCUGACCCGCCCCGACACAUGGAAGCAGAAUGGAGGAUCCAAGCUGGGAGGUGGCAGGCCAUCUUCCCUCUGGGCCCCGUGAGCCCCUCCCAUGGGGGGACCUACAGAUGCUAUGGUUCUCCCAGCUCCAACCCCAACGCGUGGUCACAGCCCAGUGCCCCUCUGCACAUCCAGGUCACAGGUGUGCACAGGGAGCCCGCCCUCUCAGCCCAGCCAGGCUCGCUGGUGCUGCCUGGACACAGCCUGACCCUCCAGUGCCACGCAGAGGCCGGCUUUGACACAUUCGCUCUGACCAAGGACGAGGGGCUCGCACCCCCUCAGCACCUCGAUGGGCAGCACAGCCCCCACUUCCCCCUGGGCCACGUGAACCGCACCCACGGGGGCCGGUACAGAUGCUACAGUGGACACAGCCUCUCCUCUGUGUGGUCGGCCCCCAGCGCCCCCCUGGACAUCCUGGUGGCAGGAAUGUACAGGAAACCCUCCCUCUCAGCCCAGCCGGGACCCUCAGUGCCCAGGGGAGCGACCGUGACCCUGCAGUGUGGGUCCGAGAUCUGGUUGGACACCUUCCACCUGCACAGGGAGGGGUCACUGGACCCUCCCCAGCACCUUCGUCUGCAGGACAUGUCUGUACCCUCUCAGGCCACCUUCACCCUCAGUCCUGUGACCUCAGGCCACCAGGGGACCUACAGGUGCUAUGGCUCAAACAGCUCCUCCCCCUACCUGCUGUCACACCCCAGCGACCCCCUGGAGGUGGUGGUCUCAGGUCUGGAAUGGAACCGGAAUAUCCUGAUCGGGGCCUCAGUGGGUCUCGUCCUGCUGCUCCCCCUCCUUCUCUUCCUCUUCCUCCGAUUCCGGCGUCAGAGCAAAGGCAGCACAUCAGAUGCUGCCGUGAAGGACCCGCAGCCUGGGAAGAGCGUGGAGCUGGACCCUCGGCAGAACAGGCAGGAUGAAGACCCCCAGGGAGUGACGUACGCCCAGGUGAAACACUCAAGACCAAGACCCCGGCAGGGAAUGGCCACCUCUCCUUCCUCCCUGUCGGAGGAAUUGCUGGACACAAAGGACAGACAAGCAGAAGAGGACAGAAAGAUGGACAGUCCGGUAAGUCCCAUUCUCUGCAGACCUCCAGGUUUCCCCAACCCCAACCAAGUGUCAUCCCUCUCUCUCCCCCUGCUCCAGGCUGCACCUGAUGCCCCCCAGGAUGUGACCUACGCCCAGCUGAACCUCUUGACCCUUAGACGGCAGACAAGUGCACCCCCAUCCUCCCCAUCAGAGGAGCCCCCAGAAGAGCCCAGCUUGUACGCUACUCUAGCCAUCCACUAGCCCCGGAGGACCCAGACCCCACGCUCCAGGGAGGGGGCCUGCAGGGACCCCAGAAGGCAUGAGUACUUCCCCCAUGGACUCUCAGCUAGUGACCCCAGCCAGCCUGGAGACCAGACCUGCUCCACUGGCAGCUCCUGGCACCCUCCGGGAGUCACCUGGUUCUGUAAGCAAUAUGCCUACAUUUUGGAUCAAAACAAGACUUCUCAAUAAUCAAUGUGUGAACUUAGAAGAAAACAGGAGUGAGAGAAUGCUUUAAGUGAAUGACAAUGUAAAUAUCAUACAUCAAACCUAUGAAGUGGGACAUAGGAUCAACCUAAGUGUCCUUGAACCGAUAAUUGGAUAAAGAUGUGGUUACUAUACAAAGAGAAUAUUUCUCAGCCAUAAAACAUGAAAUACUGCCAUUUGCCACAACAUGGAUGGAUCUGGAGAGCAUCAUGCUAAGUGAACAAAGUCAGAAAGAAAAGGACAAGAACCAUCUGAUUUCACUCAUGUGGGUGAAAUAUGAACCUGAAGUGUCAUAUAUGUUAAAUACAUUGAAUCUGUAAUUAAAACUUUCCUGCAGCCCUAGCCGGUUUGGCUCAGUGGAUACAGCAUUGGCCUGCUGACUCGGGUUCAAUUCUGGUUCAAGGGCCCGUACCUGGGUUGUGGGCAUGAUCUCCAGUGGGAAGCUUGCAGGAGGCAGCUGAUCAGUGAUUCUCUCUCAUCAUUGAUGUUUCUCUCUCUCUCUCCCUCUCCUUUCCUCUCUGAAAUCAAUAAAAAAUAUAUAUUUUUUAAAAAACUUUCCUGCGAAGUGACCUUAGAGUUCAGAAAGUUUCUCUGCUAAAUGCUUCUGAACACUUAUGCAUGUAUGAAAUACACACACAUAUACACAUGCACGUAUGAAAUCCACGCAUAUACACAUGGACAUACACAUGGGCACAUACAGACAUAUACGCAAACAUACACGGACAUAUAAAUUGGCACACAUGGACACACA